GGAGCCCCGAGCCCUGUUCCUGGGUAGUACGGGCAUGGCCGUUCUAUGCAGCCGCACUCUCCUUCCCACCCUCACCCUCUCCUCCCCCCACCCCCGCCGCCGCCGCCUCCUUAAAGCCCUCCACUUCACCCUCACCACCACCACCACCUGCAAAGCUUCCUCUCUCUCAUCCCCCACUCCCACCUACGAAGCCCUCUCCCCCCACCAAAAGAACCAAAUCUCCCUCUUCGUCGACGCCCUUCUCCAACGGAAUCAGAGGAUGAAUUUAACGGCGGUGACGGCGGAGAGCGAGGUGAUGACGAGGCACGUCGAAGACUCCCUCGCCAUGCUCGCGCCAUUGCAGCAAUCCUACCUCGCUCGUUGUGGCGGAUCGGCUUCGUGCGAUGCGCUUAAUCUCGUCGACGUCGGCUCCGGCGCAGGCCUUCCCGGGCUGAUCCUCGCCAUUGCUCGCCCUAAUUGGAAAUUCACUCUCCUGGAAUCAAUGCAAAAACGCUGCUUGUUCUUAGAUCAUGUUGCUGGGCUGACCGGUUUGUCGAAUGUCAAUAUCGUGCGUGAAAGAGCAGAGAAUGCAGGCCAAAGUGUCGACUUCAGGGAGGUCUACGAUGUAGCAGUUGCAAGAGCAGUCGCAGAACUGAGAAUUUUAGCGGAAUACUGUCUCCCUCUUGUACGUGUCGGUGGCCUGUUUGUAGCCGCAAAAGGUUACGACCCUCAGGAAGAAAUUAGAAAUGCACAAAAUGCCAUUCGUUUGCUGGGCGGUUCCGUAAUAAGACUAUGUGAUGUGGCAUCUCUUGGGCCUUUCGGACAACGAACAGCUGUUAUCUGCUUGAAAGAUCGUGCCACACCAAGAAAAUAUCCGCGUCAUCCAGGUAUUCCCUCAAAGAUGCCAUUGUGAAAAAAGGUCAUACUAUAAAAGUUUUCCAACAUGCAGAGUUUUAGAAGGAACUUUGCAAAGUUCAAAAGAAAACUCUUUUGAAAUCACUUCUCUUUGCAGUUUUCUAAUAGUUUUAUGUCGAAAUUAUAAAAAGAAGAAAGGUUGUUGUAGUGUGAUUUUCAAUCAAAUUGUUAGUACCGGUGCAGAUUUUAUUGAUUGAUGUUCAUAUUUUCA